GGAAGGAAAGAGGGGGAAAGACAGGGAAAGGAGAAAGGAGAGACAAAGACAGUUUUCUAGAACUUCAAGCUUCACCAUAUCCAGUUGUCUUCAAUAUACUAGCUCUGGCAUAACUUUAUAAAUUAUGCCAGAAACUUAAAAAAAUAAGUUAAUGAGAUCUAAGCCACGAUCUGGAAGCUGAUGUCAUCACAUAGGCUUAGGGUGUACCAGAAGGAGCAGGAUGGGUUCACAGCAAAGAGAAACUCAUGGCUAUGAGGGAGGUGAUAGGAGAUGUUGUAUGUUCUUCUGACCAUGAAUAUUGCCCUGGAGUUUAUGUGUAUAUCUUCUCUCUAGAGUUGUUUCCAUACCCUGUGCUAGAAGUCAGUCCUUCCCGUCCUAUAGAAGGGCAUUCCAUGACCCUGACCUGCAAGACCCAGCUCCUUGCACAGAGGCCAGAUAGCCAGUUCCGCUUCUGCUUCUUUAGUGAUGGCAAGUUUCUUGGGUCAGGCUGCAGCAGCUCCCCAAAGCUUCAGUUCCCAGCCAUAUGGAGGAAAAACCCAGAGGUUUACCGGUGCAUGGCAGAAGAAACAAUUUACAAUAAAAGAAAGUGGAGUCUGCCAAUCAAGAUACCCGUGCAGAGAAUCCCUGUCUCUGAUGUGAGCUUGGAGACACGGCCCACUGGGGGACGGGUGAUGGAGGGAAACAAACUGGUCCUCAUCUGCUCAGUUGUUAAUGCCACUGGAAACAUAACGUAUCUCUGGUACAGAGGGGCACUGGGCUCCAACCUGGAAACAAAGACACAGCAUUCACUGUCAGCAGAGUUUGAGAUCACUGAAGUGAAGAGAAGGGAUGCUGAGCAGUACUACUGUGCAGCUGACAAUGGCUACGGCCCUGUUCUCAGCGAGCUGGUGAGCAUCACUGUCAGAGUUCCAGUGUCUCGCCCUGUCCUUACCUUUGAGGACUCUGGAAUUCAGGCUGUGCUGGGGGACCUGGUGGAGCUUCACUGUGAAGCCCUGAGAGGCUCUCCCCCAAUCUUCUACCAGUUCUAUCACGAGAAUGUCAUUCUGGGGAACAGCUCAGCUCCCUCUGGAGGAGGAGCAUCCUUUAACUUGUCCCUGACUGCAGAAAAUUCUGGAAACUACUACUGUGAGGCCAACAAUGGCCAGGGUGCCCAACGCAGUGAGGUGGUGACUCUCAACAUACCAGUGCCUAUUGAACCUAGAAGCAAUCUCACCUUAGGAAUCACUGCAUGGCUGCUUGGCUGUCUUGGCCUCAUCACCAUGGCCCUAAUAUUUUGCUACUGGAUCAAGAGAAAAGUAGGAAGACAGUUGGAUGAUCCACUCAGGAGCCCUCCUAGGCCUAUGCUCCAAGAAUCCAGCUACCUCAACUCACCUGACCCAGAGCAGAUACAGUCUGUGUACGAGAACGUGAAUGUUGUACGUGGUGAUGAAAUUUACUCACUCGUGUACCAUAUCCAACAGGAGCUAGAACCAACAGCAGCCCAGCACAUGAAGACGCAUGGGGCAAGUGAGGUCUCCUCUGAAAUCUAUUCUAAGCCAAGGAAGCAAGACAUUACAUAUAUGGACUAUGAAGACACUAUAUAAAACUAUGUGAACAGCAUCUAUGCAGGCUGUGAGGAAGCCAAAGGCCUGGUAUGCACUCUGAGGAUACAGAGGAAGGAAAACUUUCCAGUAUACCUUCCCCACAUGCUUCCUUCACCUGUGCAGUGUGAAGUUGGUACAAGUCCUGAAGAAAUCACCCAGAAAAACUGACUUAGAUCCAGAAGCUGGAAGGAUCUGCUGGUGGCAUCUGCUUGUUGCCCAUUCAUUCUGGGGUGUGACAAAUCGCAUGCUACUCUUCAUUUACAAGAGGAAAGUGGUGUGAUGAAAGCCACUGAGAUCUUGGAGCAGAGGGACUUAGAGUGCACAAAGCCAGCAUCUAUGACUUUGCAGGUCUGUUGCGGCUAGAGAGCUAUGCUUCCCCUAUGCCCAUGGCCUGUCUACACUUGGAACACCUGAGUCAAUGGACUUUGAGUUAUGGCAUCAAUUUAGAAUUAAAGCACAGUUGGAAAAAAUUUACUGUGACUACACCUAAUUUUAGUGACAUAUUUUGGGUGUAUAGGCUAGUCUAAAUCCUCUCAUGAUUUUAUAAUAGUUAUUGAAAGAUUCACCAAGUUCUAAGUUUUGAAUUUUGUACAGCAUUCAGACUAAACUUUAUAAAUAUAUUUAAAUACAGUCCUUCUCUUUGAAUUGUCAAACUUUUUGAAUAUAGUCAUUUGGCUCAAAGCCUGUUUUAAUUUUAAAUCAAUUACAUAUUUGCAUUUAUAUAUUAAAACAAUUUAGAAAUAAAGUGAAAAGUAAAGUCUUUGCUAUGAGAUACCACAAAUGGCGACCACUGUGAAAACAUAUCCUGUAUUUCUCCAGAUGGUUUCUGCUUGUGCACAAACACUUGCAUAUAAAUAUAAUCAAAAGUAUAGCUACUCAAGUAGCUGAAACA